AUGGCGCCCGAUAGGGGAAACGCCCCAGCUUCUCCCAGCAGACCCGACUACCAAUCCAUCACCCGUACCUCCCGUUCCUCCUCCUCCACCUCCUCCGCAUCCAUCAAUGAAGCUCCACACUCCUCCCCAGAAGCCCGGCGUCGCAGCGAUGCGCGCCGCUUCAUCGCCAACCGUGCCGGUGAAGGGCAGAACUUUACCCUCCGAGGGAUCCUCGUGGGACUCGGCGUCGGGCUCAUAAUAUGCUUCUCCAACAUGUACUUUGGGCUGCAGACGGGCUGGAUAUCUAGCAUGAGCAUGCCAGCCUCCCUGAUCGGUUUCGCCUUCUUCAAGACCCUCGCAAAGCAUAUCGAAUUACCUUUUACGCCGGUGGAGAACGUACUAGUACAAACGGUUGCUGGGAGUAUGGGGACGAUGCCAUUGGGGUGCGGGUUCGUGGGCGUGAUGCCUGCAUUGAAUUAUAUGCUGAAGAGAGAGGAGCAGGGGCCUAUCUUCUUGGGGAUGUGGAAGCUAAUGCUUUGGGCAUUGGGCUUGUGCUUUUUCGGCGUUGUGUUUGCCGUCCCGCUGCGGAGACAGGUUAUCAUCAGGGAGAAGCUGAAGUUUCCUUCCGGAACGGCGACUGCGCUGAUGAUUGGCGUGUUGCAUGGGAAGGAAGCUACAGCUGAAGGCCCGACCGAUUCUAGUGCUGUGAGGGAUAUCACAGCGCCGGAUUUACCACCACCGCAGUAUGAGGAGAACCCAGGAGACAGGGCUUUUGAGGAGCUGGACAAAGGCCAUCACAGCACUUGGAGAUCCAAAGUUCAGCUGCUGGUUAUCUCGUUUGGUAUAUCAGGGCUAUAUACGCUUGGGACCUAUUUCUUUCCCAUACUUAGGAAUCUACCUAUUUUUGGAUUCACACUUGCUGAGUCUUGGCUCUGGACUCUCAAUCCUUCUUUGGCGUACGUGGGACAGGGAAUAAUAAUGGGGCCAGCGACUACUAUACAUAUGCUCAUCGGAGCCAUCGUUGGGUGGGGUAUUCUAUCCCCUCUUGCAAAGAGCAAGGGCUGGGCCCCAGGACCUGUUAAAGAUUGGGAUAAAGGGAGUAAAGGAUGGAUAGUAUGGAUCUCCUUAGCCAUCAUGCUGGCUGAUUCGGUGGUCAGUCUUGGAUAUAUCGGGCUCCAGCCUCUUGUGAGGUAUGGUCCGAGAUAUAUAAGGCAAGCUCGCCGGAAGAUCACUAAGGGCGGCUGGCGGGGUCUCCUUCAAAUAGGAGCUGUCAAAUCCAAGCGGGGGUAUGCUCCACUGACGGGGCGAGAAGAAGUACCUACACCUUUAGCAGAAACAGGUUCUCGCACUCCAGAAGCAGCCUCACUAUCGGAGGAGGAUAUCAAUAACCUCCCAGAGCCGGACGCACCCCCUGAGCACCUAGUCAACACGAGUACCGUAUGGAUCGGUCUCGUUCUCUCCAUAGUCUUCUGCGUGUUCACAAUCCGCGUCUGCUUCGGGGAGCUCGUGCCCAUCUACGCAACCGUAGUCGCCGUCUUCAUGGCCCUCAUCCUAUCCGUAAUGGGCGUGCGGGCCCUAGGAGAAACCGAUCUCAACCCGGUGUCUGGAAUCAGCAAACUAGCCCAACUCUUCUUCGCGCUCAUCAUCCCUCAAUCCAACAAGAACUCCGUGCUCAUCAACCUCAUUGCAGGCGCUGUAUCGGAAGCAGGCGCCUUGCAAGCUGGCGACUUGAUGCAGGAUCUGAAAACCGGACAUUUGCUAGGGGCGGCUCCCAAUGCGCAGUUCUGGGGCCAGAUGAUAGGGAGUACUGUGGGUGCUGUUGCUAGCGCGCUUAUUUAUAGACUUUAUACGAGUGUUUAUGAGGUUCCUGGGAGUCUAUUUGAGGUUCCUACGGGCUAUGUAUGGAUCUUUACUGCGAGGUUGGUAACGGGGAAGGGGUUGCCGGAUAUGGCAUGGCAGUGGUCCUUGGGCGCCGCCGUUAUAUUUACCGUUACGACGAUUGUGAGGAUUGUGGGUACGGGAAAGAGUUGGCAUUCUUUUGUUCCAGGGGGGAUUGCUGUUGCUGUUGGCAUGUACAAUGUCCCCUCGUUCACCCUCGCGCGAGCCAUCGGGGGGUUAACCUAUUGGUACUGGCGGUCCUAUAGAAAGCGCGCAGAGGCACCCAUUGUGAUUUUAGCAAGCGGUUUGAUUUUAGGAGAAGGUGUCUUUAGCAUUUUGAAUUUGCUGCUUGCUAGUGCUAAUGUACCUCAUAUGUAG